AUGGAAUAAACAUUCCCGGGCCGCACCACCAACAACGUCGCACGGCAUGUUUACUCUUCGUCAUUACUCGUGUCUUUGACGCAUCUACACUCAUUUACUCGCUCAUGUCACCUCAUCUAGUCGUUCUUUAGUCUUGGACACUCAUUCCCAGGAUAGACCGAUAUGACGGUCACGCGUACCCAGGCGGGCAAGACGCCCAAGAAAACAGCUCAUCCAGGGUAUGUCGAGACGCCCGGUACCUUUCGAAAGCCUCGUACGCGGAAGUCCGGCGUGAAUCUGGAAGAUUCCGACGCGCAAGACUCGUCGACCGGCCACGAAGACGACGCGACGGCCGUGAAACCUGCUCCAAGGAGCACACGGAAAGCGUCGCGCUCUGCAAAGUUCACGGAAGACCUACAUGACACCACGGAAGAAGAGGCUGUCAAUGGACAUGUGAGAGGAAAGCCGAAUGGUUCGAUCACCAGCAAGAUGAACGGGCAUGUUAUCCCUUCAGAAAGACUUGUUGAUGGCUGGAGGGCAGGUAUGGACCCCAAGGUCGACACCAGCGGUCACUUCGAGUUCGGAGGGCCUUGGGGUGUCACAGCAAUGAUGAUCGGCUUCCCUACCCUCAUGUACUACAUGUGGAUCGGCGCGACCUAUUACAACGGGAAGUUCCCACACCCCAGAGAUGGCGAGACCUUUGGGGAAUUCCUACACGGCUUAGGUCGAAUGGUGUACUAUGGUGCAUGGCCUUCCGCGAAAGCCUGGGUCAUGUACUGGACGUUCUUCAUCUUCGAGGGUGCCCUUUACUGUCUGAUGCCAGGCAUAUGGACCAAAGGAAAACCUUUGCCUCACGAGAACGGCAAGCGGCUCGAUUAUUAUUGUUCUGGAUCGUGGUCUUGGUGGACGACCAUCAUCGUGGCGUUCGCGCUGCACUUCUCCGGCCUCUUCAAGCUGUAUCAGAUCAUUGACGAGUUCGGUCCCCUCAUGUCCGUCGCCAUCAUUUCUGGCUUCCUGGUUUCGAUCGUGGCGUACGCUUCCGCCAUCUAUCGUGGCAAGCAACACAGAAUGUCUGGAUAUCUCAUGUAUGAUUUCUUCAUGGGAGCCGAACUCAAUCCGCGAAUGUUCGACAUUCUGGACUUCAAGAUGUUCUUCGAGGUACGACUGCCUUGGUACAUUUUGUUUUUGCUGUCAGUGGGGACUGCUGCACGCCAAUACGAACUGUAUGGUUAUGUCUCCGGAGAAGUAGGACUUUUGGUUAUGGCCCACUUCCUGUAUGCCAAUGCUUGCAGUAAGGGGGAAGAGUGCAUUGUGCCCACCUGGGAUAUGUACUAUGAAAAAUGGGGUUUCAUGCUCAUCUUUUGGAAUUUGGCCGGUGUGCCGCUGACAUACUGUCAUUGCACGAUAUACCUGGCAAACCACGCUCCGAGCACAUAUCUCUGGAACAAAUAUGCACUGGGCGUUUUAUAUGUGGUGUAUCUGUUUGUUUACUGGGUUUGGGAUACCACAAACAGCCAGAAGAAUCGUUUCCGGGCGCAGGAAACUGGCGGUGCCAUAACCAGGAAAGCCUUUCCACAGCUUCCGUGGCAGAGUGUGGAAAACCCAAAGGUCAUCGGGUCAGAGGAUGGUGGGACUAUCCUGGCAGACGGCUGGUAUGGCUAUGCACGAAAGAUCCAUUAUACCUGUGAUCUCUUCUUCGCACUCACUUGGGGAGCAGUAACGGGGUUCCGCUCCCCCUUUCCGUGGUUCUAUCCAGCCUUCUUCAGCUGUAUGAUCGUCCAUCGCGCUAUUAGAGAUAUCGAACGGUGUCGGAAAAAGUAUGGCAAGGCGUGGGAGGAGUACGAAAGGCAGGUUCCUUACCUGUUCAUUCCUUAUGUGUUUUAGAGACGACCAACCUCCUCGGUCUUCUUUUCUUGUCCGAUCCUGCUGGUCCAGAAGCUGGUAUUCUGCUGGACCGUCCUCACGGUUAGCAUCGGAUAGAAAACCAUCGAAGGGCGGUGUCUGUGUCUUUUCCAGCUUUCAAAAGUCCCGCUUGGCGAAGUCAGGCAUAAUGAUAAUAUCGCACAAAAAAUGCUCGUCGUUCUUCAUCCGUCCUCUCCGACAGCUGUUGUCGAUUGUU